AUGGCCGACGCAGUAUUGGCCUAUAGCAACCGACCUAGCCUACUCGAACACAGAAGCCGAGAAAGCGGCUUUACUGUUAUUCUCUUAACACUGAUUACGGAACUCGACAUCCCACAAGGACCCAGUGUGUGGCCAGCGACCGCCUUCUCCCUCGUUAUCGCCAGCACCUUACUUAUCUUUGGUCGUCUCGGGAAUAUAUUUAGCAUCAAUCCGCUAAUGCUUGACUUCUGUCGUGCUUUGCAAGGACUAUGUGUUGCGGCAUCUUUGCCCACCGGAGUCAUGCUCAUGGGAUCGUUGCACCGUCCUGGGCCACGCAAGAACCUCGUCUUCGCAGUGUACGGCACUUCAGCAAUACUCGACUUUUUCGUCGGCAUUCUUGUGGCAGGUAUCGUGGGUCAAUUCAAGCUAUGGGGGUUAUACUUCUGGAUCGGCGCCAUUUUGACAGCAUUGACGUUGUUAACUUCACUUUUUAACUUCACUUUUGUCCACCAACCCCCAAGCGAAGCCAAAAUGGACUACCCUGGCGCCAUGACCAUUUUGUGCGGCCUCAUUCUUGUCGUGUUCUCGGUCUUACAAUCAGCACACGCCCCUACGGGAUGGCGAACGCCAUAUGUUUCAGCUUCUCUUUCCCUUGGUGUCUUGUCACUCCUUACUGCAGGCUAUUCCGAAACGCGCGUCUCUCCUCAACCUCUCUUACCGGCUUCGAUCUUCACGACUCCUCGGAUGAGCCCUCUUCUUGUGGCCCUCUUUCUGCUAUACGGCACCUGGGGGAUUUUUUCUGUAUUUGGCACACUCUACUUUCAAGACAUCAUUCCGUUACAGAUGGUAGCGUGGUAUACACCCCUUGGCGUUGCUGGUCUCAUCCUUAGCGUUAUCGAAGGUUUCAUCUUGCACCUGGUUCCAGGGCAUGUGCUAUUGGUCAUAUCCGGUCUGAAUGCUGUCUUUCCGGUAGUGGUUUUGAGCACGGUGGGAAUUGAUCUGUCAACAAUCUUGAUAACAGUUUUUGUAACCACGGCGUUUCCUACAUCGCAACAAGGGCUGGCUAGGAGUGUACUGGGUGUAGCUAUCGUCUUUGGUUUGUCAGGGAAGAGCUACAAGAACACAAUUUGGUUCGGGGUGGGUGCCGCAGCCGGGAAAGUGCCUAGAGCCAGUAAUGAUUUGACUACAGACGAGAAGGCUCAACUCCUUCCAGAGACAAGGACUCAGCACCAAGGGCAAUCACCGAAUAGGUUAUGCUUUCUAAGAGAUGCAUAA